UCCCCUGUGACGCCGGGAGCUGAGCAUGUGUGCCAAUGGUUGUGUGUUGAGAUGUUGAUAAUGUAAAUAACAGUAACAAAAUAAAUCAAAUUUAGUGUAUCAAGAUGGCUGCUCCAUCCAACGGGACUGGAAAUCUUGUAGACGAGUUUGAAGAGUCAUUCCAGCAUUGUCUAAACGUGUUUACGAAGCAAGAAGCGUCAACAUGUGUGGAGAAGGAAGAAGUCAAAGUCGAAGUUGAAAGGUUCAUUGACCUGGCGAGGCAGAUGGAAGCCUCCUUCUUACAGAAAAGGUUCUUACUAUCAGCUAUGAAGCCGGAACUGCUCGUAAAAGAAGAGAACAACGACUUGAAAUGCGAGUUGCAGCGCAAGGAAGAGUUGCUCAGACGUCACUACGAUAAGAUCAGCCAGUGGCAUAAUCUGUUAGCUGAUCUUCAGGGUCACACAGUAUACAACAAGUGUCAACAGCAAACGACACCGCAGCCGAUGCAACAAGCCGCCUCUCCGAUGCAACAACCGUGCAGCGUGCAGCAAAGCGUGCAGGCCCAGCAAAUGGCAGCUGCAGCAGCCGCGCAGCAAGCGGCGCUCCAGCAGCAAGCAAUGCAGCAACAACAGGUCAGACCUCCUUUACCGCCCGCGUAUCCUAAUACCGUCACGAGGCGGUAACAAACAAUAUAAACUGAGAAACAUAUACCCAUCUCUCUCUUACAUCAACGAUUAUUGUUGCCGUCCCUUUCUAUUAGUAUUAGAGGGGUUGCUAGAUUACAAAGCAGUUAUCACAAUUUAAAUGAAUGUAGUUGUAUUUAAAAAAAACACAACAAUGGUUUAUUAUUUAAAUAUAUAAUUAUGUUUAUUGUAAAAGUACUUAAAAGGUUUAUAAAGAUUAAUUAAUUAUUAUAUAAACAAUUC